UUAUUAUAAUGUCAUCUGUUUAUUUGAAAUUGUUAUAUUAGAAUAUUGCAUUUAAAUCGUUGAAGGCGUCUUGUUUAUAGCUUUUUAAAUAAUUGUUAUUGUUUGAAGUUGAAAUCGUUUAUGAAUUAACGUAUCUAGAUUAAGUGCCUUAAGUGUUUUUAAGAUGUCAAAUUUAGAAAGUGAAUUAAAAGAUUUGCAAGAGAGAAAUAACGAAUUAGUUCAAAAACUCCAGCAUUGGAAGGUGAUUGCUGCAGAAAGAGAAAAUGAAAAGAUAAAACUCAUGAAAGAGGCUAGUGAGUUAAGGCUAAAACUAAGUAUGCUAAGAAGCACUGGCACAGCGAAUGCACGUAAAUUGGACACAGCCAUACAGUCGGCGAGCGAAGAAGCCCUCUCGCAUCUAGUCCACGCAUCCAAUGCCGUGGCUCGCAUCUCGGAGCUGGCGAAACGUUACAUGCAGGACAGAGAGAACCAGGAGUCAGUGUUACCGCGAUGGAGUAAUUUGAGUAACACACCGUCAUCGGAGAAGGUACAUAGAGUACCUCCAAUGAUGCUCGGUGGGAAGUCUAUACAGCCAGUGGUGUCGUUGAGCAGGACUUUGUUUGCCAUUAAUAAUAGUAAUACUUGGCCAGAAAGUAGGACACCAAACACAAACCUGAACGGUCUGAGGCCUAUGCCAAUGCAUAUGCUACAAGAUGUAUACAUACCAUUGACAAGGAUAGAUGCAGAGGAACUGAACAGGAAUAAUGGAGCUACAGAGGAAAACGUAAACAAUAGCGCGGAUGAACUGGGUUUAAAUGACAGCGAUGACAGAAUAAUUGAGGAGGAACCGGACGUUUCAGAGUCUGAACAGCUUGAAGACUCCCGAAGAUUGCACGUUGUUACUGAAGAAUCAGAAGAGACUGAAAUCACGCCAGAGAGAAGCAGACUGGAUAACCCGUUGGAAGGACCCAGCUGGCUACUCGAUGAACCAAACAAUAAAGUCAAUAUGCGCAGGGGAAGGAACCGAAUGAGCAUAGCGCCGGAUAUCAUGGAGUAUGACGAAAUGGCGCCAAACCAGCACAACGACAGCGAAACAGAGAGCGCGUUCCCGCCGGAGGUGCGCAAGCGCGCGUCGUCCCCGCGCCCCGCGCCCGCCGCCGCCGCCCCCGCCCCCGCCACGCCGCGCUCGCCCGUCUUCUCGCCGCGCCGCAGAAGGUACAGCAAUAACGGGCGCGUGCUUAAGGUGCUGGUCGCGAAAAUGCGACUGGACGAAGACGACGAAGUGCCAGCGAAGCGGCCGAUGAUGGCAACCCCGCAAAAUUUCUCCCCACGUGCAUCUACUUCGCAAGACUCAAAAACCCACUUUAAGCAGAGUUUUUCAAAGCGCCGAGACUCCGGAAGUUUGGAAAAUCAAUCGCCGGUUGUAAGAGCUAGGCGGUCUGUGUCCCGGGAGAGAGCUAAUCUGUCCCGGGAGUUGGACGGGAGCGGGGAGUCCCCAGACGGGUCGCAGUUGCGAAGGUUGGAGAGGAUCCCAUCGUUUGAUGCGCCAAGCCCUAAUGGGUCUACGGAUGCGAGGGUUAUUGUAUCAGAAUCGACCGAAGCGUGCGAACACGUGGCGAGGCGCGUGAAGCGCAACAACAGCAACACCAGCAACAACAGCAACAGCGAGCCCGCCAGCGACAGCAGCAGCGAGCUGCUGUUGGAGGCGCGCACGAGGCGAGCGCGGAAACCGAUUGUGUAUAAGGAGAAACCGUUAAAUCGGAAACUGCGAAGGUGAUGGCGUCUCCUAGCUUCAUUUUGUGCCGCGACUGCAUUCAUCCUAUAGCCUUACUAUGCUAAAAAAUAUUUAUUUAUUACAUUGUGAUGAAAAACGAU